AUGAUCAGCCCAAAAAAGCUCAUCAAAAUAUCAAGAAAUUGGCAUAGGAUAGCUUCCGUUAGGAGGAAAGGAACUUCGUUUCGUAGGAUUAGUAGUAACACGACUGCAGAUUUGCCCAAUACAUCAUCAUCAACUAGAACAGGAAAUUUUGUCAUCUACACCAAUGAUUGCAGGCGAUUUGCUAUUCCCUUAGCAUAUCUCAGCAAUAAUGUCAUCAGAGAGCUAUUCAAGAUGUCUGAAGACGUGUUUGGGCUCCCAAGUGAAGGUGCUACCAAAUUUCCAUGUGAUGCUGUCUUCAUGGAGUAUGUGGUUUCCCUUAUCAAAAGGGGUUUAGCUAAAGACGUUAAGAAAGCUUUGAUUAUGUUCAUGGAAACAAGUUGUUGCUCAAUUUCUCUUGGUUUCCAUCAAGGACAUAUAGAUCAUUGA